AUGGAGAUGCAAAUGGACGCUGAAUCAAAGACCAAGGGACCUCGAGCCUGCACUACAUGUGCUAAGGCCAAAUCGCGGUGUAUACCAGGACCGGACGGGAGUAACAAGUGCGAAAGGUGCCAUCGGCUUAGGAAGCCCUGCGGUUCCCAGACCCCUGCGCCACCUAGAGCGAAGAAGGACCCUAAACCAACCAAGGUUGCGGAACUGGAGAAGAGACUCAACGAGUUAACCACGCAGUUGGGCACUACUCAGGGCGGGACUCCCGCAGUAUCCGCCGGAGCCAUCACUGCAGGAGAGAACGGGAACGGGAACGGAAGCGGGAGCGGGAGCGGGGGCGGAGUUAUCGAUACCAACACUAGUCCUCUGCCCAUCACCAACAGCAGCAAGCCGGUAUCUGCCCGGAUUCCCAUCAACUGCGACCACCUUUUCCCGCCAGAAGACGCACCGGCAGAUGGUGGCUCUGACACUUCACCGGCUCCGAGCGCCUCGACUCUCGAUGAACACCACUCCGGGAGCAGUCACGGCCAGCCGGAGCGGGUUGAGCCUCCUUGGCCGCUUAACAACGAGUUGAACAUCAUGCUGCAGACUUUCCGAGAUGACUUUCAGCCUUUGUAUCCGUUCGUCAUCGUACCGCCUCAUAUGAGCCCGGCGCAGCUUGCGGCCGAGAGGCCGUACCUGUGGAAGGGCAUCAUGAUGACUGCAUCCCACCUUGACGCUACUCGGCAGGUGACUCUUGGCAACGAGCUACUUGGAGAUAUUGUACAGGCAGCGUUCACAAAGCCGAAGAAGAGUUUGGAUGUUCUCCAGGGUUUGCAGCUGCUUGUUUCUUGGUAUCAUUACAACAUCAAUAGCUUCCAGCUGACGAAUCUGCUUUUCCUCGCGAGGUCCAUGUGUAUAAGCUUGGGGUUCAAGGACAAUCCCAUCUCGGUCAAGGAGAAAAACACCCAAAUCUGCAUCGACGUAAAAGAUACCGAUGCCCCUGCAGUCAUGACGAAGGAGCAGAUGUCAACUCGGUUGGAGCUAAUGAGGGCUUUUGCCGGUUGCUACUACCUCAACACGCUGGUCUUCACGACAAACAAGCGCCCGGACGCCUUCAUGAACACUACAUAUCUUGAGUCUUGCUGUAGGCAAAUUCAAGAUAAUGUGGAGUACCCCAGCGAUGAGCUUCUUGUACAGCUCUUCAAGAUCCAACAGCUGGCUCAAACCAUCUCCAUGACACUGGGAGUGGGAGCGGAGAGCACGAGCUUCCAGUCGCUCCAGUUGCCCCUCACCAUGGUGGUCCAGUCUUUCCAGCAGCAGCUUGACAUCUUCAAGACCUCGAUUCCAGACCACUUGAAGGGAAAUGCUGGUCUCCUCACGCACGUGAGCAUUGCGGAAAUCCUCCUCUACGAAAUUGGCAUUCCGGAAGGCGAAGGUUCGGCGCGCUACAUAUCUCUCACGGAGCGCCUGGAGCUUCUGUGGGGAUGCUGCAACGCAGUCAAGACAUUCCUGGAGCGACGCUUCCAUAGGGAAAACAAUAUCUCAAUCAUCCAACCGCGCUUCACGUGCCUCAGCUCCUCCGACUUCCUCUACGUCUUCAUCGUCUCCCUGAAGCUCAUGACGUUGGAAGUGCCGGGCUGGGAUAUCGCCUUCAUCCAAAAACACAUUGACUUAGCUAGCGUUGUUGAGGGCCAAGUAGCGCAUUUGGAUAUUUUCACCGCGCGGAGGGCCAGGCGGCCAAGUGCGGCGGUCGCAGCAGCUACAACUCCGGUCGGCGCGGCCGAGAUCCCCGGUCCAAAGAUUGUCGACCCUUUCUUGCGUCUGACCGAGAUGCUGCGGUACUUCAAAGAGCUCGUUAAGGGGGAGGUGUGCAAGCUCAAGACCCAGCCUGCCAUCCAGGAACCCAUCCAGUUGCCGGCCAACCUGUCUGAUGGCACUCAGGCCAUGAUCAGGGAUCUGGAUGCGACGUUCUGGAAUGGAAUGCUCGGGGAAGAUCCUGGAACCUGGGAUGUCGGGAAUAUGUUCUCUUCUAUGGACUGGACUGCGACUUGA